AUGGCACAAUCCCACAGCUGGUGGUCUCCCGUGCCCUCAGACGAACACGCUUCAGUCUCUGGGCAGGCCUCUUUCGAGUCGAAGCCUCUCGAUGAAGAUGUCGUGUCUGAACCUGACGAAGAAAGGCUUCUUACGAGGCGCGUACACAUCCUGGGCCUUGGGAGUAUCGGCACGUUGGUUGCUCAUUCGAUGCGAUGUUUACCUAACCCUCCGCCGAUCACCUUGAUGAUGCACAAGCGAGAACAGUAUGCGGAAUUCAAAAAGGCCGGGCGCAACAUCGCACUGAUAGACCAGAAGAACAAUAUCAACGACGAACAGACUGGCUAUGAUGUGGAAGUCUAUGAAGGCGAAGAACCCGAAGCUGGCCCGACGUGGCGUUUCAUGCCCGACUUCAAAAGCAAGCCAGGAAGAGGUGCAACACCACCAGUGACUAAUCCUCUCGAGACUGGAGAAUCUCUGCCUGACGGAAAGGUUUUCAUUUACUGUUUGAUUGUCGCAGUCAAGGGCCAUGCUACGGUGGCCGCCCUUCGAUCGGUAAAGGACAGAGUAGAUUCGCGGACGACAAUAUGCUUUAUGCAGAACGGACUGGGCCAAAUCGACGAACUGAAUCGCGACGUUUUCACAGAUCCCGCAACUCGGCCGACAUACGUACUCGGAAUUGUCUCUCAUGGUGUUUAUAUGGCCGAUCCUUGUAAGGUUGUUCAUGCGGGUUAUGGUACGAUCGCACUAGGUGUGUCUCGCGACAGAGACCGGCAUCCGCUUCCUCCUCCAGCUUUGACUAGGAAUAUCUCCGAUCUCACAGACGAUGAGCGCAGGAAAUUCUAUCCCAGCGACAAGGACCUAUUUGCGAGCAUGUCCUCGCGGUAUCUCUUGCGCACAUUAACAAGGUCAACAGUAUUGGCGUGUGCAGUGUUCCCUUACCUGGAUCUCUUGCAACUACAAUUAGAGAAGCUAGCUGCCAAUGCUGUUCUCAACCCUUUGACAGCACUUUUAGAUGUGCCGAACGGCGCCUUAUUGGAGAGCAACGAAAUCUCCGUGGUGCAGCGACUUUUGCUGGCUGAGGUCUCUCUAGUCAUCCGCGGUUUACCAGAACUAGAAGGAAUCCCAAAUGUUAAAAUGAGGUUUUCCGCUCGAAGACUAGAGCAGCUCGCUCUAGCUGUGACCCGGCGUACAGCUCAAAACUCCAGCAGCAUGCGGGAAGACCUUCGACACGGCAAAAAGCCAGAGAUCGACUACAUCAAUGGAUACAUUGUCAGACGGGGAGAAGAGCAAGGCAUCAAAUGCGCCCUUAAUUUCAUGUUGAUGCAGUUGAUCAAAGGCAAAGAUGGCUUGCAAAAAAGAGAUUACGGCAUCCCGCAGGGCAUACCGUAUGGCACUCGGCAUAUUGGGGUUCAGGCCAAUCCAAAUCAACCAGGAAUUGUCACCUUAUCCGACGAAAGUACACCGAAUCCGCUGCGAACGACAACAAACCCACGAUAA